UGGAGUGUUAACAAGGUAUCUGCGAUUCUUGCCACAAACACACCAGGGAAGGGUGUGUAUGAGAACAGAGGUGUUUGGACUGAAACAAAAGCUAGUAUGUGAUAGUUCAGCCAUUGGUGUGGCUAGAGAUGAUGCAAUUCCAGACAGCAGCUUCUCAGCCUCAACAUAUUUUAGUGAAGUGUAUUAUCCUUGGUUUGGGCGACUGAAUAUAACGAGGUCAAAAGGCCGUGGUUGGGGACCCAAACCUGUGAAUGAUCCUGCAGACUACCUACAAAUUGAUCUACUGAAUGACUAUGUUAUCUGUGCUGUAGCUACACAAGGAGCCAAUGAUAUUAAUGAGUGGACAACCAAGUACAAUAUUAACAUAUCUUUCGAUAGUGCCCAUUUUUACGUUUAUAAAGAAAACAAUGCUGAGAAGGUCUUUAAUGGUUAUUCUGGGAGAAAUGACAUAAUGAAACAUGGUCUGAGGGAAUAUACAUUGGCAAGGUUCAUCCGUUUUAUACCAAUAGCAUAUCAUGUACAUAAGGUAUUGAGAGUGGAAGUUUAUGGAGUGCUCCUAUCUGCAGUUCCAUCACAAGCUCCUGGCAACCUCACUGUGACUGCAAUCUCAUCAGUUAGUGUAAAAGCAUCGUGGACAUUGCUGCCAGAAUAUGCCAGACAUGGAGAAGUAACAGGAUAUAAGUUGUUCUACAGACAGAAAGGCUCAAUGGCUAAUUCACAUAUGGUGUCUAUUAAAGGAGAAGCAACAUUAACGAAAGAUGUUACUACUCUUGAUAAAUAUACCAAAUAUGAGUUCCAAGUGUUGGCUGUUGGUUCUCAUGGUGAUGGACCAAAAAGUUCUGUAAAGGUUGAGCAGACACUGGAAGAUGCACCAAGCACUCCUUCCAACUUUUCGCACUCUGAGAUAAUGCCUGAUAAAUCAGCUGGUCCAAAGAUAAAGCUUACUUGGUAUAAGCCAGCAGAAGAAAAUGGCAUUAUCAGGAGUUACACUGUGUUCUAUAGUCACAAUGAAGAUCCUCAUCAUAUUCACACUGAAACCUUGGGAGAAAAUAUGUUAAGUUAUACAGUGGACGUGUUAGGUGGAGUCACCUAUCAGUUUCACGUCAGAGCUGUGACUAUUAAACCAGGACCAAAUGCCACUGUGUCUGUUCAGACUGAUGAUUAUGGUAAGAGUGAUUCAGUUGAGUACUCUGGGAAAAAGUCAUACAAUAACAGCUUUUUACAUGAAGGCAGCAAAGAUGUACAGGGGACAACAAAAUGUACCCUUGAUAAUUUGGUACCAGGUACCAAAUAUGAGUUUCAGGUUUAUGGAAUUUCAGAAUGUGGAAACAAGCGAUCCCCUACCUAUUUGGAAAAGGAAACAGAAAUAGGAGAGCCAUUGGCUCCAGUUGUACCAUCAUUGACCAUCAGGAAGGUUUCUGACUCACAGGCUGAAGUUGAACUUUGGCCCGCAGAACAAAGGAAUGGUCCAAUAAGUGCUUAUCAAGUCAUUGUUCUUAGAGUUGUUGAUGGUGUUGAGAAGCUUCCCACUGAGUAUAAAUCAGA